CGCGCCGAAGCGCACGCUGCUUGUGGCUCAGUGCGCUGCGCUGGCUCCGUGCUCCGUGUUGCGAUAUGCAGGCCGUUCGCCGCGCUAUCGCUGUGGCGGACGAGAUAGCCGCCGACGCCAUUGGCAACCUCCAGGACAAGUACGGCGGCUCCAGCACCUCCACUGGAAUGCACGCUGGAGGAAAGGAGCAGUUCGGCGGACCUCCGCGGCUCGAGUCGGGCGCCUACUCGACCGGCCGGAUGCAGGGCUUCGGCAGCAACGGGGCGACCCACCGCCCCGAGCCGGAGGAGCCGGAGCGGGAGCGAGGCUACGCAGGCAGGCGCGACUACGGCGCGAGCCACGGCCGCGGCGACCCGUACCAGCGGCCGGACCCGCGCGCGAGGAGGGAGGAGGAGGAGUGGAGGCAGCGGCAGCGCGAGGAGGAGGAGCGGGUGCGGCGUGAGGAGCUCAACGCGCGCGUCGCCUCGAGCCGAGGCUACGCCGUCCCAGGCCCGACGAAGCCGCGCGAGGGGCAGGGCCGCGCCCGGCCGCCCGAGCCGUCCCAGUACGGAGGGUCGGGUCGCAUGCAGGGCUUUGGCUCUGGGGACGCACCUCGGCCGCCGCGCGAGCCGAAGAUCGAGUCGGGCUCGUACUCGUCGGGCCGCAUGCAGGGCUUCGGCUCGGACGGGAGGGCGCACCGGCCGGAGCCGGCUGGGCAGGUCGGCAGGACCGCCUACCCGAGCAGCGGCCGGUCCUACGACCGCGACGAGGCGGCGGUGCGGGCGGCCAAUGAGCGAUUCGGCCGCAACAACAACAGCCGCAGCACCAGCAGCAGCAACGACGACUACUACGGGGGCGAGAACGCUGCUCGCAUGAUGAGCAAAAGCCGCGGCAGCCCCGGGGGCUACCGUGGCGGGGAGGGGCGCCGCCCUGGGGAGAGAGACGGCCACGCGGGAGGAGGAGGCGGAGGCCGCGCUCCCGGCGGCGGGGGGCAUGACUUGUGGGCAGACGGCACUCUUCACACCUCUAGCUGUGAACAGGCGACCUGUGGGCAGACGGCACUCCGCGCAGAGGCGGCGGAGGCGGCGGAGGCGGCGGAGGCGGCGGAGGCGGCGGCUACCGGCCUGCGCCGACGGCGUCCAACCUGCAGAUCAGCGGCGACGGCGGCGGAGAUCGUGACCUCGGGCGAGAUCGCGAUCUCGGCGAGGAGCCC